GGCCCUUGGUUUGUUUGGUUUUGCAUUUAGAUAUUUUACAUUUUUCAAAGUGGAAAACAAGUUUAGUUAACCAUGAGCAAAACCAGAGAUUUGUCUAAUCUGCCUCUCUGCAUUACAGCCUCUCUGCAUCAGUAAUAUCAGAGCUGAAUCAUGAGGUCUGCUCGGUUAACCAAAACUAUUGGAAAAAUACACUAAGAAGCAUUCUGGUCCAUUGCAUGAUCUGAUUACAACAGCAACAGCUACAUCUCUGGUCUAGGGAUAAUGGCUCAACCACAAGGUGUACCUGACCGCCAAUACCUGCUAAGGGUAUUUCAAAGUGUCGAUACUGACCGCAGCGGCACCAUAUCUGCCCACGAACUGCAGCGCGCCCUCUCCAAUGGCACGUGGAACCCCUUCAACCCGGAAACCGUGCGCAUCAUGAUCGGCAUGUUCGACCGCAACUCGUCGGGACAGAUCGACUUUGACGAGUUCGCCGCGCUCUGGAAGUACGUCACCGACUGGCAGGGCUGCUUCAGGAGCUUCGAUCGCGACGGCUCGGGAAACAUCGACCGCAACGAGCUGCGCAACGCGCUCACCACGUUCGGUUACCGGCUGAGCGAGCCCUUCAUCGGCAUACUGAUGCGCCGCUUCGACCGCAGCGGCAAGGGCGUCAUCCUGUUUGACGACUUCAUCCAGUGCUGCGUGGUGCUGCACACGCUGACGUCGGCCUUCCGUCAGCACGACACCGACAUGGACGGCGUCAUCACCAUCCAGUACGAGCAGUUCCUCACCAUGGUGCUCAGCCUCAAACUGUGAGCCCGCUCUCUGCCGGGCCAGCUACGCGGUCCGACCGCCGCGCGCGGCCCUCCGCCGGAACGUCCGGCACUCGCCUGACCCACUGCCAGGCCAGAGGGCGGUCACGGCGCGGCUACGACCCACUGCCAGGACAGAGGGCGGUCACGGCGCGGCUGCGACCCACUGCCAGGCCGGAGGGCGGUCACGGCGCGGCUGUGGGGCACGUGGCGGCGUGGCGCGGUAUCUGCGCGGCCCGUGGUGGGGACUACUGAACCUGCAGCGCCGUGUGCGGGGUGACGAGGACGGAGGUACGCGGAGAGGCUGGCGUUUGGUAAACGCGUCCCGGGGUUUCUUACUGAGACUUGUCGUGUCGAUGUGCGCCUGUUCUAAAUGUGACUGGGCGGUCCAUAUGGCCUUAUUAACGCGGGUGUCAGCAUCAGCUGCCAUCCGCAGACUGUUAAUCUUCGGUGUGAUUGUGUUGGAUGUUAUUGAGCCUUUCUGCCAUUCCAGUAUACAAUAUGCAAUGUGCAUGCUUCGGUGCUUUGAUAUAUUAUGUGUGCCAAUAGCCUUUGAUAAUUACUAUUUAAUCCGUCCUCCAGCUGAUGGCGGAUCACUUACCGCUUAAGCAUUAAGCGGUUGAAAAAGAUGGUUGUCAUUAAAACGGUAAGCCUGUCAUCCGUGCCAGGCAAGAGCGAUUGAGCUUUGUCGUCAACGAAUGCUGAGUGACUACGCGGUCCGCGGCCAUUUCAGGGGUGACGGCCCACUCACAGCUGUCGUACAGCGUCUGAGUCCCCGCAGUCGGGACGCCUCCCAUGUUGUGUGUAUUUAGGUGUGUGCCAUUCGAUACUGCGGGGUCGAGUGGUCACACCUUUCAAUCUCCCCUUACACGACCGUAAUCCAUUGCUGCCGCCCGAGUCUGAGGUAGGACACGCAAACGCAUCUUCUCAGUGCGUCUGGCCUCUCCAGUUCAAUCGCGCCUCCUAUUUGGUUUGCUUUCUCGUAUAUGGCAGGUUUUCAUACCUGCGGUAAAUGUCUAUAUUUCUGAUGAAUGUUGCAAUACAAAAUGACCGUGCA